GUUAUUUAAAAGGAUUUAAAACAAUAAAGUUCGAAGUCCAAAGCUGGUAUUAAAUUUUUCCCGCGAACCACGGCGGGCCUCAGCUCACCUGCCCCCAUCAACCACCACUAUUUUUUAGCUCACACUUCAAGCUCCUUUGCCUUACUUCAAAGCCACAAUCUAUAUCUCUCCCUCUUUCUCUUUCCUCUCUUCACAUAGCUUAGGCGGCCGAAUCCUAGUUAUGUCUACGGCGGAUCCGCCGGUAUCGACAACUGGCGUCGGACUUGGUUACGGCAUAGCCAUUGCCGUUAGCAUCCUUGUACUAAUCUCCACGAUCAUGCUCGCUUCCUACGCUUGCGUGAGAGUUAAAGCUAGUGGAAGCGGCAAUCGAAGUCGCCGGAAUAGCAACGGCGGCAAUAGCAACGGCACGAAUCGCGGCAUUACCGAGGACGACUCAAUGGAAGUUGCUACGGUGGUGGUAGGUCUCGACGGUCCGAUCAUCGAGUUGUAUCCGAAGAUUAUCGUCGGCGAGAGUCGCCGGCUGCCAAAGCCCAAUAAUGGGCCGUGUUGCAUUUGUUUGACGGAAUAUCAGCCUAAGGAUCAGAUACGGUGCAUCCCAGAUUGUCAACAUUGUUUCCAUGUUGAUUGUAUUGACGAAUGGCUACGGAUGAAUGCCACGUGCCCUUUGUGUAGGAAUUCACCGGCUCCUUCGCAAGGUCCCACACCUUCUACUACUCCUUUAUCAGCGUUGGUGCCUUUAGCCUUCAAUAGUAGGUGAUUGAUUUUGUGGUAAUAACAAUAAAUUAAAUAAUAUUUGUUCCAUUUAAUGAAAA